GCAUCCCGCGGAGACGAAAGGAAAUAAGAGAAUAGUUUCGAAACGUCGGGACAGGCACCCUUGCGAAGGAUGUUGCCAUCUGGCGGUCCCUUAUUUCCCCGGACCUCCUUGGCUGGCGACAUGCAGCAGAAGCGGCGCGAGUCUGCUUGACCUCCGCCUCCAGCAGGAAGAAGCGAGGGCCAGAGGGCGCCAGCCUGUUUGCGGAAGCCCUGACGGAAGACCGCCCUAGACGCACGCCCUGCGACAGAUGGCGUACCCUGCCCGGCUGGAGGUGGCCACCCUCCUGGGGGCGGGGGAAGGGGGGAGCGAGGACCCGCCAGGAGCCCCCACCGCCAACCCUGGUCUUCCUCCUGUAGCAGAUACUACUACCACGGCUCCUCAGGGGGUCUUCGUUAUCGCCGACUCGGCCAAGAGGUCCAAGUCUGCAGGCAUGGUGGCCUCAGGGCGCGCCGCCUCCUCCGGCCGAGCGGACCCCCUGCGCCCGCCCGCCGCCGCCGCCCCCGUCGGGCGCCUGGCCCCCUCGCCGCGCCCUCGCUCCAGCCCGCGCAUCGGGCGGCGCUGCACUCGGGUCACGCCCCUCCCGCCCGGCACCGUCCUCCACGCCCCGCCGGACGCGACGGACGGCCUGCAGGAGCCCAGCCGCCGCGCCAAGGGCAAGGCGACGUCGCCAGCCGGGCGCCGCCCUUCGCGCCCAACGCCCGGCAGGAGUCCUUCGCACCCCCCGUGGAGCGGCAGGAGUUCGAGAGCCUCCAGCGCCGCCAUCAGGGAGGACGCCCAGGCGCCGUGGCCGACGUCCUCCCUGGACAGCGGCCCCAUCGAGCACUCCACGCCCGCGCCCUCCUCGUCGCCCGCCCGCGCCUCCUCCAAGGAAAGUCGAAGUCCCUGGCGAGGGAUGUACACAGUGCCAACCAUCAACGUGGCAUCGGAUACGUCAAGCACAGGAAGGAAAUGGCUGCGGUACUGUGCCUCUCCAAGCAGUGACGUCAGUAAUUUCACGAGCCUCGAGCACAGCCGCUACGUGACGGAGCGAAUCCACAACCUGGUGACGGCUUUCAGUCAGCGAGCGAGCAGAGUCAAGGCGCAGAUCACGCAGCCUCCCACGCCUUCUACGGAGCUGUCUGAGGGAGGAGAGGACUCCCACCGUCCCCCAGACCUCCGUCAGCGCCUCGAUUCCCUGAUGCCGGAGCUGUCGUCACGGUCGCCGUCGCCACACUCCCUGGUGGGCGUGAAUACCCGUCGGGCGCGCCUCCUCCGUCGGUUCCGCUCCUGCAGGAGGGCGCUCGACUUCCCCAAGGCCAUGGAGCCGCAUAGCCGCCUGUACAUCUGGUGGCUGCUCGUGGUCUCCAUCGCCUACGUGUACAACGCGUGGGUGAUUCCCCUCCGCUUCGUGUUCAGCGAGUACCAGAACGAACAGAACUUGGUGUACUGGAUGGGGGCAGACUACACAGCCGACCUGAUCUACGUCAUGGAUAUAUUGUUGUUCCAGUCGCGAAUUAAAUACCUGGCCAAUGGUUUUUGGGUCAGUUCCAGUAAGCUUAUGAGGACGCACUAUGUCAAGUCGGCGAAAUUCCGAUACGACCUCAUCGCCCUGUUGCCUCUUGAUUUCCUUUACUUCAAGUUCGGUCAUUUAUCCAUAUUCAGGCUGCCUCGACUCAUCAAGAUUAAGACCUUUUGGGAAUUCUUCAAUCGUCUCGACUCGGUUCUGUCAUCUCCCCACGCGGUUCGAGUGGUUCGGACGGUGCUCAACAUGCUCUACCUGAUCCACCUGAACACCUGUGCUUAUUACGGGUUUUCCAAGGUGGAGGGCAUUGGGUCCAACCGCUGGGUCUUCCAGGGCAAAGGAAACGCGGUCUUCGUCUUCGCUCUGCUGAUUGGCCAGAUCCGGGACAUCGUGGCAACGGCGACGCGGAACCAGAACGAAUACCGGAAAGUGAUGGACCAGACGCAGGCCUACCUCCACCGCCUCAACCUGCCGCCCCUUCUGCAGGAGCGCGUCAGGCUGUGGUUCACCUACACGUGGCAUAACCAGAAGACGCUGGACGAGAUGAGAUGCCUCCAGUCCCUGCCGCGGAAAAUGAGGACGGACAUCGCCAUCAACGUGCACAUCCAGACGCUUUCCAAAGUGCAACUGUUUCAGGACUGCGACAAAGCGCUGCUCAGGGACCUCGUGCUUAAACUCAAACCGGUCCUGUAUUUACCCGGGGACUACGUGUGUAAAAAGGGAGAAGUAGGGAAGGAAAUGUACAUCGUGCAGACGGGCCAGGUGCUCGUGAUGGGUGGCGAGCGAGGCGACGUGGUGCUCGCGACGUUGGGAGAAGGCAGCGUCUUCGGGGAAAUCUCUCUGCUGGCGCUCGCGGGAGGGAAUCGACGCACGGCUAAUGUCCGGUCUCGCGGGUUUAGCAGUCUUUUCGUACUGAGCAAAUCCGACCUCCAAGCCACGAUCAAGGAUUACCCAGAGGCACAGGAGAUUCUCAAGAAGAAGGCCAAGCGACUGAUCAAGCAGAAUCAAGCAAGGGAGAAGCAGGAACCGCCAGCAGACGAGAACGUGAUCAUCAAAUCGCGAGAAAGUACACCCAAGUUACUGCAUACUGUGUUGCAGGUGGUGCGUCCGGACUCCUACACGGCCAGCGUCAUCCGCCGUUCCUCCCGGACGUUCUCUCGCUCGACGCUGGACAUCCCCUCGUUCGAUUCCGUGUCCGAGGUCGGCGGGUGGCCGUGGCUUCCGUCUCCUCGCCAGCUCGUGUCCUCGGCUUCCCUCGAGGUCCCUACUAGAAGCAGUAGGAGGUCUGCCAGGAUGGCUUUCAGGUCAUCGCUGGAGGUCCCCAGUAACAGCAUCCGUCACCUUGGCGGCGGCGUUCCGGCAAAGACGAGCAUGUCCGAAUCCUUGGCCGAGGAGGAAGAAGAGGUUAGCUUGGUUCCUUCUUACGGUUUCGAACGAGUGUGUUCAUUGUUGAAAUCAGGGGCGUCAGUUGGCCAUUGUAACGCCGCCCUCCUCAGCGACGGGCGUGGGUCCCCGCCCUGCGCCGCGUCGACCGUCGGCGCCCAUUCGCGGCCCGACUCCAGGAGGUCGAGUUUCCCUCAGAGCUCGCGGGCGGCUCGCUAUUCGCCCGUGUCGCUCACUCGCCAGGCCGCCCUCACCAGCCUCGACUACUCGUCCCCGCCGUCAGUCGCCUCCGACGCCAUCACCUACGUGCUUCUGCAGGAGGAGCCGCAGUCCCCGGACACGCCCGCGCCGUCGGGAGAUGCCUGCGCUCAGGAGCCUCCUUCUUCCGCUCCGCGCCGCGGCCGAGGUCAUCCUCCCGCGCCGAGCCCCGCCCGAAGUCCCCCUGCCGCAGAGGAGACGCACAGCCCUCCUCCUCCUCCUCCGCCCGCGCCCCCUGCAGAGACGGGGUCCGCCCGCAGCCCCCCGUGCAGGCCCAGUCACCAGGGCAAAGGCCGCAAGACCACGCCCAACGGAAGCCGAGGGAGCUCCGGCCGGGGCCCCUCGGCGAGGAACAAGGUCGGGCCAGCCGAGGGCGCCGACGGCAACCCCAGGUCCGCGCUCAUGGCGGCCGAGGCCAAGCGCGAGCCGAGGGCGGACCGCCGCGACGACCUCGAGGCCAAGGCGAAGAGAGCGUCGGGGAACUCCGUCAGGAACGGCCGCGUCGUCGGCGAGAGAGCUAAGAAAACGUCGUCGUCAUCGUCGUCGACGUCCUCAACGUCGUCGUCGUCCGCAGCGCGCGACGCCGAGAACAAUAAGGCGUCCAGCGCGCGGCCCUUUCGAGGGGCCAAGGGAGGCAGGGCGUCGGCGGGCGAGAAGGCGGCGCCCAAGACCGGCAAAGGCGGCGAGGCGGCGUCCAAGGGCGGCAAGGCGCACGCCGCCAGGGCCUCGAGGCACGGCGGGCGAGGCACCAAGGGGCGCCAGACUGACUCCCGCGGGCGGAGCAAGGGGCAGGACCUCGGCUUGGCUGCCGAACACCAAAGCGCCGACUCCGCCAUCCAGCUGUCGGCCCUCGACGCCUCCGACAGGAGCAAUGGGUCCGACGGCGCGGGCCAGCAGAGGCAGACAAGCCUCCUCUGCGGUCACAGUCAGAGCAACGGUGUGCAUCAGCGGGAAAUGGCAGCAGGAAGCAGCAGCAGUCUCCAGACCGCCCUGGCAGAGGACGCGCGAAGGCCUGCCAUUGUCACCGAGAGCCUGCAGGCCGGGAACAGCCUCGGCGACGCCCACAGGACCCAGCAUCACUUCAGGCACGGCCUCAGCAGCAGCGUGGAGAGUGGCAUCAUCCUCGACACUCCGUCCUCCGCCCUGUGCCACGUCGGGAGUAAGGAGUCCUAUGAUAUCUUCCUGACGGAGUUAUCGAAGACUCUGCCUCUCGCGCCGUCGCAGGGCGGCGAGUCUCGAACCCCCAAAGGCAGACGAAGCACUGAGCGGGUCGGCUUCUUAUUCGCACAACACUUCGGUUUCGCCCCCAAGCCUCUCCUACAGGAUCUCUUGUUCGGCCAUUGUCCACCGGGAAGGAACGCCGUCUCCUGAUCCUUCUACGUCGCCCUUUGAUGCACAGGAGUCGAGGCUGUAAGGAUGGUUAAAUGAAUGGUAAAUGGUUCUGAAAAAAAAAAAAAAAUGUGCCAGACAUCAAAAGUUGUAAGGAUUGGGUUGUGCGAAUAAGGAAUGUGUCUUGCGUUUGGGAUUUUAGUUUUAUUUUUGUUUGUUUUAUGUCUGUCUCUCUCUCUCUCUCUCUCUCUCUCUCUC